CGCAACGAUAUGUUGUUGAUAUCCGAAACGCUAGUUUGCGUGUCAGACACAUUUCAAUGCUUCAUGGCGAAGUAAUAGUUUUAUUUGACGGCUGGCAGUGACAUGUGAGUUACUGCCCUGGUUUUCCCUCAACAUACAAUAUUUGAGCUUACUAGUUAUUUCUCUCUGACGUUAGGUGGUGAUAUUUUUGUCUCUGGCUGAUGUGACAGCUCGUAUUGAACAUUGCUUGCUAACUAUCAACGUCUAAACUAGCUAACGUUGUCGUUAGCUGCCUGACAGCUUGACAUAACAAGUCGAUUAACAGAUUUAUUGUAGCUGAAGUUUCGACCUAGAUAUUACAAAUGUCGAAGUCCACUGAAACGACCCUGCCACCGGAGUGGGACGACGACGAGCGGAUGAAUUUUAUGUUCUCCGACUUCAAGGAGAAUCGGGAUGUGAACACGACGGACUGGGACAGUAAAAUGGACUUCUGGACGGCUGUGGUGACACAGAGCUGCAGGGACCGCGGCACCGUGUGUGUCAACCUGCAGGACCUGAACAAGAGCUUCAGGAGGAAAGAGAAAUCACCACUGGGCUUGCCGACUGUCAUCCAGUCCAUGGCCAGAUGUGGGAAGAUUCAGAGGGAGUCAGAGUUUGCUGCUAAUGUGGACUGUGGCUGGCUGUCCUGGGGAGUUGGCCUGCUGCUGGUGAAGCCUCUGAAAUGGACCUUCUCCACUCUUCUGGGAAGCAGCCGUGUGCCUUUGGAGGAGUCCUUUGUUGUCAUCGAAUUAGUGAAGGAGAAAGCAGCAGAAUUACUCAGGGUCUACCGGAGCAGUGAAUUUGCAAGCCGCUCCAUACUUUCAUUUCAAGAGCUUUGCACACUCUCCUCUGAUGUCUGUGCUGAUGAGAGCACCCUUUGCAUGGCUCUCCUGCAGCUGCAGAGGGACAAACAAGUGAUGGUUUCGUUGCACGAAGGCGAGAAGAUUGUUAAGUUUUGUCAGCCAGGGCAGGAUCGCGUCUGUCCUGUCAGUGAUGUGGAUAUAGGCAUCUACCAGUUACAGCGCAGUGAGAAACUGCUGGGAGAGCGGGUAGAGAAACUGGGCCUUGAAGCUGACAAGUGCAAAGAGGAAGCAAGGGUUCUGCUUCGGGAAGGCAAGAAAUCACAGGCACUGAGGUGUUUGAAAGGCCGAAAGAGGGUAGAAAAGAGAGCAGACAACUUGUUUGCCAAGCUGGAGUCUAUCAGAGGAAUCCUGGACAGAAUAGCCCAAUCACAGACUGAUAAGAUGGUUAUGCAAGCGUAUCAGGCUGGAGUGGCUGCACUUAGACUUUCUCUUAAGGAUGUGACGGUGGAACGUGCUGAGAGCCUUGUGGAUCAAAUCCAGGAGUUAUGUGACACUCAAGAUGAGGUGAACCAAACUAUAUCUGGCGGUGUGACCGGCGCAGAUGAAGACAUAGAUGAGUUGGAGGAAGAACUGAAAUCAUUGUUGGAUGAGUCCAAGCCGGAUAUAGGUUUACCUGAAAUUCCAACAAAUCGUCUUGGACCUGUCUGGGAGCCGAGCGUCACAGGUGACAACCUGCUUAAUUCUCUGCCUGCUGUACCUCAGAAGCAGCUGAAUAUUACCACUGAACAGCUGGAGGAAGAAUUGAAUCAGUUAACUCUAAUGGAUUCAGGCUUACAGCAGAAGAAAUCGCCAACCAAGAGAUUAGAGCCUGCACAGUGAUGACACAGUCAAAACAUGGCAAGUGUGAAGCUCUGCAUCAACACAUCAACAUAAACUGUAUCUCAACAUUUUCUCUCAGCUAGAGUUCAUAGAAAUAAAAAUAAAGCACUAAAGUGGCAAUUGCAAACUAGUAAUUGCAGGUGUUGUUAUACUGUGUAUCAGGAUGAAAGCAAGUCACUUUCAUCACUUUCCUUCAGUUAAUAGAAAUAAAGAAUGCCUUUGCUGUGGACGCAUGCCAAAAAGGAUUUUAAAUUAACACUCUAUUCAACUUGAAAGCUUUCAGAUCUACUUUGUCAUCAGAAUCAGAGAGAAUAUUAAAGUGAAUAUUUUAAGAUGUCUGAAAUAUUCUCUGUGGUGUGCCACCACUAGGAAUGCUUUUAAUUUUGUGAUAUUUUUUUGACAAAGUGUAAGAGAACAACUGUAUUUGUCUGUUAUUGUGUGUUUAUUGACGUGUGUAAAUGUCCCUCAUUGAGAGUCCUGUGGAGUGUAUUAAGUGGCCUUCUGAACUGUAAAUAUUAAACUAAAGUAAAUUUAGUUUGCCAAACGAGGACUGAAAAGCUUACCUUAAGUGAGUUUAACCAAAUAUGUUUCUCAAAAUAAAAUUUAUUUUAAUCACA